AUAGUAAAUCGUUGGAAAUUCCAUCUCUAAUUUCGAACAUCUGGGUGUUAAAAAUAUUUUCGGCAAAAAUUAACAAAAUCAACGAGUGCAAUAAAAUCUCCAGUGAUUUCUUUAGCGAUUUCUUUCGCCCUUUUAAAUUACAAAGAAUCCAAUCGAAUCGGUGAAAAGAGGAGUGCCACGAGGAGAGGAAGGAAGAGCCCGAAGAAAUUUACUUUUCUGUGCAUGUGUGUGCGUGCGUGUGUGUGGUAGUAGUAGUAUUUUUUCAUUUCUGUUUUCACUAUGCUGCCAGCGAUGUAGAGCUGCUGAUGGCCCCUCUUCCACGGGGGCCGCGGCGAUUGCGAUGCAAUAAGAGUGAAUUAGACACGGAAUAAAAAAAAAACAAAAACAAAAAAAAGCGACAAAAACAAAAAAGAAAGACGAUAGGCGGUUGGCCAAAUUACGCCGCAGUUGAAAAGAAAAGCGCGAAGAAGAAGCAACAAUACGUCAAAUAUCUCUCUCCAAUACCAUCACACGGCUCGGAUCGUCGUCUCACCGUGCCGUGUCCGUGUGCUCGAAAAUUCUGGUGGCCCCAGCCCCCAAGAACAACAAAUCCAAACCGAAACCGAACAACAACAUCAAAAAGAACAACAAACAUCCGUUCGAGCAUUGACAACUGAUACGUAGAAUUAUGAAUGUAGAGAGCCAACUGAAGACACCGCUAACGCACAUACGCAAUCUGGUCAAGCACGUGAAUAAGCGAAAUUUUAAUGAAACCAGCGAGCAAAUAAAGCAGUUCGCCAAAGAGCACGGACUGGAAGCGGAACGCAGCAGUCUGCGCCACCUGUUCUCCGUGAUCAACCUCAGCGAUCCCGCGCCGUCGGUCACCGUUCAGCUGCAGGCAAAGCUCCUGGGCACCCAGUUGCAGCGUCAGCUGCAGAAUCCCUCGUUUGUGUCCAACAUCUGUUUUGCCUUUGACCAGUACUUUGCGAGCAACCAGAAGUCGUUUAAGCCUGCUGCGGUAGCCGAUCUAGUUAGCCACGUGUCCCGACUGACCGGCAUCAACAAGCUCUGCGAGUGCAUAUUUGCGUUGGCCGUGACCCAUUCCUCUCAUCCCGAGCUUAGGCAGUCAGCGAGGAACAACUUGCAGGUGUCCCUCGUCGAGCUGAUCGAUUCGUAUUUGGGCAAAGGAAACAGCAACCCGGCCAGCAGUGGUCUGCAGGAGAUAUCGUUUGACCUGCUGCAGUAUUUACUGUGCUGUCUCAAGGAGUACGUGAAACCGCAGCUGGAGGCCCAGUUUUUGGUAAAACUUCGCGAGGAGUUUCCGCGCCAAGCGGUGCCAUUGGUUCUAGCGCCGUUCCUUUACGGCUCCGGCUCGACCACGGCGUCGGCGACGAUUUCGGGAGCAAGUGCCAGCGAAACGGAUGCAGAGGCCGAAGCAACGGCCAGCAGCAACAGCAACAGCUCCAGUUACGAGGCAGAUGCUCUGAACGAGGUGGGAAUUGAGGAUAUCUAUGACCAUUUAAGCGAGAUAAUAUUCACCAACCAGGGCAAAAAUAAUAUUAUGGACACAUCCUGGAUUAAUCUAGUCCUUGAAAUCGGUUAUGAAUUUACAUCGAGCGUUGAAGAGUGCAAGAAUCAUUUGUGUUCCCGCGAACGCGCUGAGCUUCAGUCCAAAGAUGUCGCCAAGAUCGUUGGACUCAUGUGCCGACGGCACUCGUCGCUGCUCGAUUGUAAUGUAAAUCUACCGACGCCAGCGAACUUCUGGCCCGGACAGGGACAAUCACAGGGUCAGGGUUCAGGUAGUAACAGCAGCGGCGGCGGCGGCUCGUCGCAGACACAAAGUACUUCGCAGCAGCAGAGCUCCAGUAGCAGUAGCAACAACAACGAUGGCAGUGAGGGAAAUGCGUCCAGUGAUAAGAAGGACAAGAAGGAGACGACGGAGGCCACACAGACAUGGAAGCCAGAUGUCUUUGUGCAGGCCCUCAAGGAGGUGGUGCCCCAGCUCAACUGGAAGGACGUGUGCAUGGAACUCGAUCAUCCCGAGUUUGUGCUAAAGGAUCGCAUUGGCUUGGACUUGCUUUUAACCAUCCUGCGAUUGGCCACGGGCUCCAGCUUAUUCCCACAUCCAGAAUGCAUUUAUCGCCACUGGGCCAACACGGAGGGUCAGCUGUCGCUGAUUACCACUAUGCUGAAGAACCCGGAUCUCUUCUCCUUUGCCGACUUUGUGUUCAGUCAGCCAGCGUUGGAUGUGCUGAAAACGGCUCCAGAUGCCGACAACAAAGAGAUCUCGGCGUGGAAGUCACUGCAUCUGGUGGAGGUGCUGCUCUCCAUCGCGGACAAGGGAUAUUAUACGCAGGUGCAUGAGCUCUUGAAGUUCCCUGCCCAGAAUUGUCCCGACGUGUUGUUCCUGGCCCUGCUGCACAUCAGUCCACCCCUGACGCCUCUCCGUCAGGAUUUAUUUAACCAACUGAUACCUACGUUCCUUGGCAACCAUCCCAACUCCAACGUGAUCCUGGCUAGCGCCUGGAGUUCGACGAACUUCCAACUGCGCCCCAACAUAAUGAAUGCCAUGUCCGAAUGGUAUCUGCGCGGCAGUGAAUUCGAUCAGGUGAAGCUGUCGCGUAUCUUAGACCUUGCCCAGGACCUGAAGGCGCUGUCCUCUCUGCUGAACGCCCGCUCUUUCCUGUUCAUUAUCGACCUGGCCUGCCUUGCCUCCCGGCGUGAGUACCUGAAGCUGGAGAAGUGGCUAACCGAUAAGAUUCGCGACCACGGCGAGCCCUUCAUGCAGGCCAUGAUCAAGGUGCUGCUGCGUCGAUGCCCCCAGGUGGUUAAUGCCAAAAUGCCCGAGGACCAGCUGCCCCCCAAGCAGACUCAACUCUUGCCCGAGACUGUGACCACGAUGAUCAACUGCCUGCACACGUGCAUCAACAGCUGCAUGCAGCCGGAAAUGGGCGAGAUGAUUAUGCAGAUGACCGCCAAUGUGGCCAUUAUGGCGAAUAAGUCACGUGUUCAGCAGCAGCAACAACAACCAGGUUUGGUUCCGCCGCCGCCACCAAAUAUCUUGCGCGGCCAUCGUGGCAUGGAUCUUCCCGGCGGCAUUGUGCCACCGCCGCCACAGCAACCCUUCUCUGGAAACCUUAAUGCCCAGAUGUUUGGACCCGGAAUGGAUCCGCUUACGAAUAUGUCCAACAACCUGGCAGGCCUCAACCUGAGCGGCCCGAACGGUGCCUUCAAUUUUGGCAACAUGCUAACCUCUCCUUCGCGUUUAAUGACUCCGGGAGCCAGUCCCUAUCCGCUGAAUCCCAUGCAGAUGCCACAGGCUCCACCACCACCCAAUGUUGGGAAUCUUGGUCGCAUGCUGCCCGGUGGUCCCCAACAGCCAACUCCUACGCCCACGCCGACGGCCCCGAAUCCCAACAACCCGGUGAUGGCCGACUUACAGAUACCUGUGUCCAAGGAGGUGGAGGACGAGGUGAACUCGUAUUUCCAACGCAUCUACAACCACCAGCCCAAUCCCACUCUCUCUAUCGACGAAGUUUUGGAUAUCCUGCAGCGCUUCAAGGAGUCCAGCAACCGGCGGGAGCAGGAGGUCUUCUUGUGCAUGCUGCGCAAUCUGUUUGAGGAGUACCGCUUUUUCUGUCAAUAUCCGGAGAAAGAGCUGCAGAUCACAGCCCAGCUGUUUGGCGGCAUCAUUGACCGCAAUCUGGUGCCCACUUUUGUUGCCCUGGGACUCUCCUUGCGUUGUGUUUUGGAUGCACUCCGCAAGCCCGAAGGCUCCAAGCUUUAUUACUUCGGUGUGACGGCACUGGAUAGGUUUAGGACUCGACUGCACACCUACAACAAGUACUGCGAGCACAUCCGUUCCAUUCCCCACUUCUCGGACUUUCCGCCGCACCUCAUCCACUAUGUGGAAUACGGAAUGCAUGGCCAGGAGCCGCCGCCACAGAAGCUGAUUGGCCUCAGCAACACGAUUCCGCCUGUGAUAUCCACAGGGCCGAUAACUGAGCCUCUGUAUAGGACCAAUUCCAUGCAGGGAAACAUGCCCGCUGCCACGCCCGGAUCAGGACCCAAAUCGAACGUAGCUGUGUCCCAUGCCACCCGGAUGAAGUCUAUUGCCAAUGCCACCAAUAUCGAUACCCUGCUGGUGGCCAACCAGGAGGAGAAAGUGACGAUACCGCCAGAGCCCGUGCAGGACAAAACGGCCUUCAUAUUCAAUAACCUCAGCCAGUUGAAUAUCCCCCAGAAGUGCGACGAGAUCAAGGAGAUCAUGACCAAGGAGUAUUGGCCCUGGCUAGCCCAAUAUUUGGUUCUCAAGCGUGCCUCCAUGGAGUUCAACUUCCAUACGCUGUACUACAACUUCCUGGAAGCCCUCAAGAACUGCGAGAUCAAUCGGUUUGUGACCAAGGAGACGCUGCGCAACAUCAAGGUGCUGCUGCGCUCUGAUAAGGGAGUCAUCAACUUCUCCGAUCGCAGUCUGCUGAAGAACCUUGGCCACUGGCUGGGCAUGAUGACCCUCGGACGCAAUCGUCCCAUCCUGCUGUUGGACCUCGAUCUAAAGUCUCUGCUGGCCGAGGCCUAUCAUAAGGGCCAACAAGAGCUGCUUUUCGUGGUGCCCUUUGUGGCCAAGAUUCUCGAAUCGUCCGCCAAAUCACGCAUUUUCCGCUCGCCCAAUCCCUGGACCAUGGGCAUUAUGUACGUGCUGGGCGAGCUCCACCAGGAGCCGGACCUUAAAUUAAACCUUAAGUUCGAAAUCGAGGUACUUUGCAAGACGCUCAAUCUGGAGCUGGCCAAGCUGCGACCAGUGAUCUACCUCAAGGAUCCCACGCGAGCUCUACUCAUCGAGCAGCAGAUGUCGCAGCCAAAGCCGAAGCAACAGGAUACCAUUGCACCGCCGCCGUCUUUGCCGCGAGAACAACAGCAAUCGCCAGCCCAGCCGCCUCCGCAGCAGCAGCAGCAGCCACAGCCACAACAACAGGCUCCUCCACCGGCUCCGCCGUCGGAUGUGGACGCCCAGACGGCAGCCGCCAUGAUGAUGGGAGCCGGCGGCAGUGGAGCGAACAGCACUCCCGGAUCAGUGGCCUCUCCCAAUCUGCCCACCGAUCCCAGCCAGGUGGUGCUGCCACCGCCCGAGCCGCGGUACGCGUACGUGGACGUGAAUGUGAGCAACUUCCAGCUUAUUGCACAGCACCUGGUGCUGCCCCCAAAUAUUCCAUUCCUGCACGCCAAUCCAGGAAUCAAGCAUAUCGUGAUCAAUGCCGUGGAACGCACGAUCACCGACUGGCUGCAGCCCAUCGUGGAUCGGAGCAUUCGCAUCGCUUGCGCCACCACCGAGCAGAUAAUCCGUAAGGACUUUGCCCUGGAUGCGGACGAGAACCGCAUGCGCACCGCUGCUCACCAGAUGGUGCGCAACCUGGCUGCCGGCAUGGCCAUGAUCACCGGCAAGGACGAGAUAGCCCGUGCCAUUAGCCAGAACCUGCACAAGGCAUUGUUCUCGGCACUCACUGGAAUGCCCAGCCUGACUGAGAUCCAGGCUGCUGCCCUGACGCUGGCCAGCGAGAAUGUGGAACUUGUGUGCGCCUUUAUCCAGAAGACAUCGGCCGAGAAGGCAGCCGCCGAGAUUGACAGGCGUCUGAGCACCGAUUUCGAGACCCGAAAGAUCGCACGGGAGGAGGGCAAUCGCUUUGUGGACUCUCAAAUUCUGAGCUAUCAGCAGGAUCGCCUUCCGGAGGCAGUGCGCAUCAAGGUGGGUGCUGCUCCAGCUACACUGUUCGCGGUGUACUCGGAGUUUGCCCGAAGCAUUCCCGGCUUUCAGCAGAUGAGCGAACGGGAUAUCGCCCUGUUUGUGCCGAAGCCACAGGAUCUGGCGCAGCCAAAUGUGUUUGCAAACGAUGAGAGCAGCAUGGUUUACGCCGAGGUGGCCAGUAAAAUGGAGGCCUUUAUGAACACGGCCAUUAAUGUGCCAUCGCUGCAGGUGCAGGCCAGCAAGAUGCAUAUGCUCCUCAAUGCCCUGAUGUCAACACGCAGACAGAGAGACCAGGAUUCGGCCUUUAAUCUACUAACCCGUGCCGUCGAAGGCUUGACCGAGGGCUUGAUCACUGUGCCUGAGCACAUGGAACAGAUGAAGCUCUACCAGAACAUCCAUCUUCGCAUCCUCAGUCUGCUGCACAACAGCUUUGGUGCCCCCAACACGGAGCGAGCUGUGACCAAGUGCUUCUUCGAUAUCCGCGAGGAGGUGCGCUACAACGUGGAGGCGGCCCGCGCCCUCAUCACCUCACAUUUUGUCAAUUUAAAUCAAUUCGAUGUAAUGCUGCGGGAUUGCAUGGACAAUGGCAACAACUAUGUGGCCAUUUCCUUUGGCAUCGCUUUACUGGAGCGUCUAAUCAUGGAGGAUAGGGCGAUUAACAUUGUGUCGGACAACGAGUUUAUGGCCACAGUGGAACUGCUGGGCAGGCUAACCCAGCACCGUCAUCGCUAUCCGGAGUGCAUUGUGAAUGCCAUCGAGGCGCAGUGGAGUGGAAACUUCAACUCCAGUGGUGACAUCAGUCCGUUCAACGCUUGCGAGCGUUACCUGCAAGGAGCCUCCCAGUACAUUCACUCCGGCAUGCAUCACGUGAGGUCAUGUGACACAGAUGAUCCGCCAGGAUUGCAGGAAAAGACCGAGUUCUUGCUCAAGGAUUGGGUGGCCCUGUACACCCAGCAGAACCAGCAAUCCACUCGAGAUGCCCGGCACUUUGGUGCCUUUGUGCAGAAAAUGAAUACAUACGGAAUCCUUAAGACGGACGACCUGAUCACACGCUUCUUCCGUCAGGCCACGCACAUCUGCACGGAUGUGGUAUACCGAAUGUUCGCGGAGCCCAGCCUGCCCAUUAACCAGGCCAAGAACAAGAUUUUCCAAUGGAUCGAUGCUUUUGUGCAUUUGAUCGCGAUGCUGGUGCGUCACUCGGGCGAGGCUGGAAACCCGACAACCAAGAUCAACCUGCUGAACAAAGUGCUGGGCAUUGUGCUGGGCACGCUGCUCAAGGACCACGAGAUGCGCGGCGUGAGUUUCCAGCAGGUGGGCUACCAUCGCUUCUUUAUGAUGCUAUUCAUGGAGCUCUGCUCGGCGGACGUGAUACUCGAGACGCUGAUGCACAGCAUUGUGUCGGCCUUUGCCUACACUUAUCACCUGCUGAAUCCCAGCUUUGCUCCUGGCUUCUGCUUUGCCUGGCUGGAGCUUAUCUCGCAUCGCGUAUUCCUGGGCCGCAUUCUCGUCCAGAUUCCCGGCCAGAAGGGCUGGCCGCUUUACGCGCAACUGUUGCAGGAUCUCUUCAAGUAUCUGGCGCCCUUCCUGCGGAACACAGAGCUGGGCAAGCCUGUACAGCUCUUGUACAAGGGUACCCUGCGGGUGCUACUCGUCCUGCUGCACGACUUCCCGGAGUUCCUGUGCGACUAUCACUUUGGCUUCUGCGACACCAUCCCGCCCAACUGCGUUCAGAUGCGCAACAUUAUCCUGUCAGCGUUCCCGCGCAACAUGCGCCUGCCCGAUCCAUUUACGCCCAACCUGAAGGUGGACAUGCUGUCGGACAGCAGCAACGCGCCCAAGGUGCUCAGCAGCUAUAUCAUGAACAUCCAGCCGCCGAACUUUAAGAAGGAUCUGGACUCUUACCUCAAGGCCCGUGCGCCUGUUACCUUCCUUUCGGAGUUGCGUGGACACUUGCAGGUGACCCUCGAGCCGGGAACGCGCUACAACAUGACGCUGAUGAAUGCCCUGGUCAUGUAUGUUGGCACCCAGGCAAUUGCCUUGAUUAGAAACAAGAACUUUGUGCCCAACACAUCAAACAUUGCACACAGCGCUCACAUGGAUAUCUUCCAGAACCUGGCCGUCGACUUGGACACAGAGGGUCGCUAUCUGUUCCUGAACGCAAUUGCUAACCAGUUGCGCUAUCCUAACAGUCACACGCACUACUUUAGCUGCGCGGUCCUCCACCUGUUCGCCGAGGCCAACUCGGAGGCCAUUCAGGAGCAGAUAACACGCGUCCUGCUGGAACGAUUGAUUGUUAACCGCCCGCAUCCGUGGGGUCUGCUCAUUACGUUCAUCGAGCUGAUCAAGAAUCCCAUUUACAAGUUCUGGGAUCACGAUUUUGUGCACUGUGCACCGGAAAUUACCAAGCUCUUCGAAUCGGUGGCCCGAUCCUGUUUGGCCAAGUCGAACGUCACCCAGCAGCUAAACAUGCCCGUUGUCGUCGAUGGCGAGGGCCAGGAGGUGGUGGCCAACAUCAACUGAGAAAACGCCACCGUCCGACGCUUCUGCCUGGAGGUCUGUGCGCGACCCAGACGCAGGCAGUAGCACUCCCUCCCACACCGCACUACUACUAACAAUAACUGCGUUUAGUUUAUAGUGAAUCGUGUGUUUUUUUUAUUAAGGAUACAGUGAAAUCAGCAAAGAAACAUUUACGACAACAGCAACAAUAAUAACACAACAAGAACCAGAACAGCAGGCCAGGCCAAAGUCGGGACUCGACUUGUAUUUAAACGAACGGAGAAACGAUAACAUUUUAAAUGCGCCUCCCCUUGCCCCAGGGGGGAAUGUUAUAAAUUUUUAAAUUGAGUUGUAUUAUAAAAAAAAAACGAUAGAUGGAAGGCGAAAAAACUGUUGAUUACAGAUAGAUACUUUGUAAAGAAAUCAAACCAAGCGAUAAAAAAGAAAGAAAAAAAAAACGAAUUAAGUAUAAACAAAAAAAAAAGAGAAAAUCGAAAAAAGGAAAAUAAUUUUCUACAAAAAAAUUGCAAAAUAUGUACAAUGAGAAAAUGCGACAAAAACUAACAAAUGCGAUGUAAAUAUGUAGAUUGUUGUUGCUACUACAAAAAACAUUCGGCAGAAGGCGAGACAACAAACAACAGCAGCAGCAGAAAUUAGAUCAAAGAGAAGAUGCAGAAGACGUAGCAACAACAACAGCCACAAAGAAAACACAAGAACACAUACAACAAACGGAGAGAACCAGCAGAAGAAGAACCUACUCUCAGGACAGACGCUGAGAGGCAGAAGAGUCACUACCAAUUCGAGUUGUCAAAGUAGCUGCUUGCUCACAUCUUCACUUGCAAAUUCUCCUUAUCUUUAGUCUCUAAGAGCGCGCCCCUCAGUUAGUCUUCUCGUAUAUACGUUAACUUUUAAAGUGUUUCCGCACAAAACAAUUGUAACAAACUACCAAUCUACGUUUGAUCUUCAUAUUAAUUUUGUUUUUUAUACCUACCUACCUUUUAUUACGAACUGAUGAUCAUUAUUAACUGAAAAUGGAAUUAGCAUUGAACACAUCUCUUAGCUUGUUAAACUUAAAGUCGAUCGAUCCUCCCAUGUAAAGUUAGAGAGCUGUUAGUAUCAGAGAUCGAGAGAGAGAGAGAGCGUGGCCAAGGAGAGUCGCAGCCAUUAUCUAUAGAGCGAUCUAUAUAUAAAUAUAUAAAGUAUGUAUUUCCAAAUAUAAAUACGUAAUGUAAAUCGAUUAUGAAUGCGGCGCCGGCAGUGGGAGUCAUUAUCCUACCAAGUUAUGUGUACCCACUCCCGCACUCUCUGCAGCAACCCAACUCUAUAGUUUAUAGUCUCUGCACACGAAACACAUCCCUUUUGUAUUUACGCACGCGUCAAAUGUAUUUUGUAUUUUGAAUCAAAACUAAACUGAAUUGAAGCCUGAAGCCUGUAGAAAGCGAAAGAGAGUGAAGAGAGUACGUCUCAGUUUUCUAGACAAAGACCCCCCACAAACUCAUUUAUAGACUAAUUCCGUUUGCGAUGGCUAAGAAGGAAAAGUAUGUUUAUGUAUAUGAUGAUGAUGAAGAUGAUUAUGUUCACCGAUCGACCGACAGACACAAUACAAGAGAAACAUUCAUUAACAAAGGAUGCGACACGAGAAGAAACCACAACAAAUCUACAUUGA